AUGGCCACUACUACAUCAACAAUGGCAACGUCGAAAUUCCCCAAAGAAUUGUUACCAUUUGAACGUUAUAAUUGGCUUUAUCAUUUACAUUUCUUACGAAAUGAUUACAAUGGAUCUAUUGAACAGAUGAAUCGAUUACAAGUUGAAAGUGAAUAUUGUAUAUUUCUAAAAGGUUUGAUUAAAUUACGACAAGGUGAUGCAAAAAGUGCAUUACAACAAUUUAAUCUAUUGAAAUCGAUCAAUAAUACAACAUAUAUAAAAUCGAUUGCACGAUGUUUGUUAAUAUUGGGCAAACAUCAAAAUGUUUGUGAUAUAAUCAAAGAAGUUGGUCUUAAAAUUGCCCAACAUGAUUGGGAACUAUGGACCUUGUAUGGUUAUGCAUUACUAUAUCUUGGUUCAACAUUGCAGGCAAAAGAAGCUUUUCAAAAUGCAUUACAAAAUACCUGCCAAGUGGAACCAUUCAUCGCAUUAGCUAAAUGUCAAAUUGCCGAAAAGGAUUAUAAAUCGGCCAUUUUUGUCUUAAGAAGAGCCACAGAAAUAUCACCAAAUGAUCUACACUUGGCAACCAAAUUGGGCAUUUUAUUAUAUACGACAGGAAUCGUUUCUAAAGGUAUUGAAAAGAUUUAUGAGGCUGAUGGCCAAACGAAUACACCGGAUUUAGCGUUGACAAUUGCUAUGGGCACCAUUUUACAAGAGAUCAAACAAGAUGUUGAUGGUGCUUUUCAACGUUAUAGGCAAUCGGAUGUGUUUGAAUGUCCAAUACUGUGGAAUAAUCUUGGUAUUUGUUUUGCAAGCAAAAGUAAAUAUGUUGCUGCCAUAACCUGUUUGAAACGGGCAUUCUUUUUACAGCCAUUAGAUUGGCGAAUCAAUUAUAAUCUUGGUCUUAUCAAUCUAAAAUUGAAACAAUAUGCAAGUUCAUUUCAAUUCUUCAAAAAUACUGUCGCCUUUUGUACGGUGCCGAAUCCAAAUCUAUUAACAUUGCUCGCAAUUUGUCUAGAAUUUCUGAAUGAUAUACCAAAUUCAUUGCAAGCACAUCAAACUGCAUGUAAAUCAAUUGAAAGUACUGGUGCCAUUUCAUUGAUCAAUUAUGCUGUAUUUCUAUCUACAAAUGAUUAUGAAUUGAAUAGAGAAAAAAUAAUUGAAAUAAUGAUGGAAUUUGAAAAAUGUUGGCUAAAACGUAAAAAUAAUAACAAUGAAUUUGAUGAUAAUAUUAUGAAAACGGCAACAGCAUUGGCAACACAAUUGAAUCUUUCAACUCAUCUUUCCUGGUUAAAACCGAAAGAAAUAACAACAACAACAACAACAACAUCAUCAUCAUCAGUGUCACAAAAUUGAUUUCAUCUCAUUAUUAUUUAUAAUACAAUGUCAAUGACUUUAACC